CACGCUCAUACGCGUCACUCUCGGGUGAAUAUCGCAGUCAACAUGUGGUCGCCAGUGGUGGUGGUGGUGUUGGUGGCGUGUCUCCUUCCCUCGGCACAAUCACAAGCCUUUACAAAAUGUGAGACGGCGGCUUAUCCACCUGACAAGCAGGAUGAAGUGCCGCUGUAUCAAGUGGACCUGGACCGGCCGCCGCGGGACCGAUGGACUCCUCUCGUGCAGGCCAAGGGGGUUCAGAUGGAGGCGCUGAUAGAUGACGUGACGCAGCUUGUCAAAAAACUCUUCGGGGAAAGAGUCCUUCAGUUUCUCCUCAGCAGUCUCUCGGAGGUGACCUCCACUCUGCCUGAGCCAUACAAGGAGGAAAUUGAGGGGAUUUCCUCAGCUUCAGGACUGCCAGUCAGCACAGUGACCUUGUACAAUAUAUUCUAUGAGAUCUUUACUUUCUGCACCUCACUAGUGGUUCAGGACCCCGCCGGCCACCUGUAUCACGCCAGGAAUUUGGACACAGGAGUGUUUUUAGGGUGGGAUGCACACAACCACACCUGGAAGGUCGCUGAGCUGCUGCGGCCGCUCACCGUGCGGCUGCAAUGGACACUGGGCGGUGUUACUGUCUUUGAGUCCCUGAGCUUUGCCGGCUACAUAGGCGUCCUGACUGCUGUUAAGAAGGACAACUUCACAUUCUCUCUGAACAAAAGGUUUGCCCUCAACGGAGGCUUCAUUGGCUUGCUGGAGUGGAUGCUGCUCAACGACCACGACCAGCGCUGGGUGUCAUUUCUCACGAGGGAGGUGAUGGAGACGGCCACCACCUACCAGGAAGCACGUGAUGGCCUCUCCAGCCCACGCCUGCUGGCUCCCGUCUACUUCAUCCUGGCAGGCACUCAGCCCGGCGAGGCUUGCAUCAUCACCCGAGACCGAGACAACUAUGACCUGAAGCCGCUAGGACAAAAUGGGUCCUGGUUUUUGGUACAAACAAACUACGACCAUUGGAAGACUCCUCCUUUCUUCGAUGACCGCAGGAGUCCCGCUAACCACUGUCUCACCGCCGCGGGCGUGCAGCGCGCUUCUCCCGCCCUGCUGUACAACGUGCUUUCCACACGCCCGGUGCUCAACAAGGCAACAGUGUACUCGGCGCUCAUGGAUGUCAGGUCCGGCCAGGUGCACGGCUGGCUACGCCGCUGUGAGGACCCCUGCUGGCCCUGGUGACUGUGAGGACCCCUGCGCUUAACCAGCUGAUUGUGCUGAUCCCUGCCGGUCCAGUUGAUUGUGUUGACCCUGCUGGCCAUGAUGAGUGUGCUAACCCCUGCUGACCUUUCUGAUAGUCCAGACCGCUGAUCCACUCUGGCUGUCAUAACUGUCCUGUUGACACUUCUCGACUGUGUGACCCCUGCUGAUCUCUUUUGGCCACAAGCUUCACCCCGGAAGACAUCUUGGCUUGCGUGUGACCAACGAUUGUUCCAUUUUCAUCACAAACUUGUGGAUAUAUUUUUCGUAGUUUUACUUGUAACACUGGGUGGUGGAUGUAUACCAACAAUGUCAGUGACUCCCGACAAUGAAGCGGAAUACAAGUUUUAUAUAAAGGGAAGUAGAACAAUAACUCUAAAGAAUGCAACGAACUGCUCAGUAGGCGCCUGGCUUCAUACAGUUGCCUAAAGAAAACUUCCUACGUACCGCACACUCUUCUCGUUCAUUUUCGCACAUCUUACCACAUUUUGUAGUUAGUACUUAUUUUAAUCCUUUAUUAGUUUCUUUCCAUUUUCCAUUUUCUUUUCAUCAUUUUUGUUGUAUUACCCAGAAUUUACACUUACUUUCUUAUCUAUGCAUACAAAAUAUCACUCAAAAGUUCCGGCCCCAACCAAAAUAUCUCGCAGCAAAAAACAGCCAGGAGUCACUCACACUCGCCUCACCAGUGUUCAAGCAUUGUCAUUUCCCCACGGAGGACAGAUGCUUCCUAUGACUCCAGAUACAUUUCAUCAUUGUCUCCAAAACAAUGAGGGAAGAGACAGAAGACACACUGUGCCAGAUCGGGUGAGUACUAAAGAGCCAACAAUCUAAAGCCGCAGUUAGCCGCUUCAACCCAGUGCUACUUGGCCGCACGAUCUCGGGGCAACAACAAGCUUGCCAUGCUUGCCCUGAACUUUACUCUGCAUUUUAUCCUGUGAUUUCUUUCUUUCAUCAUCUCUUCAUACCUUUGCAAUUCUAACGCAUGAUACUGCCUAUUUACGGCUUGACUUUUUCCUUGCAGUCCAUUAUAGCAAAACCAUCACAGUCCUAAAACACAAAUACCAUCGCCAAAUAUUAGUACACUUAUUUACCGGCAGAUUUCAAACUGCUCAAGUUUCAAGUAUAAUCAUUGCCACGGUCCACUUUCAGACAUACCUUUCUCCACAUAUAUGCUGAUGUUUCUGUGAUUGAAGGUUCAUACAUUAAUACUAUCCCUUCAUCCAUUUCUUGAUCCUUCGCCCAGCCCUUCAAUAUCUAUUCUGAAUCCACUAUAUAUUCUUUGAUAACAUUCUUUCUAAUACACUCUGCUGCCCCAUACUAAGCGUUACUAAGAAACCUGCUUCCUCUCUACCCAUUCUCACACAUGCUUUACCAUCUCUGUAUGAAUUUUUCAGUUCUAUGUAGCUUUCUAAUAAUUCAAUAAAUAUGCAUUGCGUGCCA